GAACACGAGCAGCAGGCUGGCUGGGCAGAAGAACACUUGUCGACUCGAGGAAGAGAUUCGCCGAGUUUUUCCCUUCUUUUCGUUUAUUUUUUCUGGUAUAAUACACAAGAAUAGACGGCGACAGGGAAAGUGGACCCGUCUCAACAACUAGUUGUUGAUUUUCCUUGUUGCAGAUUUGUAUACUCCUGUGAACUUCCCAAGGAAAUAUUUGACUGGUUUGCCAAUGAGAGCUCAGUCGUAUAAACGGCAGGUUCGUAGUCAAGAGUCACAGGCUGACAUACAGGUGGAAUGUGGUGUCAUACCAACCAGUGAGUCGGGGAGAACAACACUGGAGAUGGAAAUAAGUUUUAGUGGUAUCAAUAAGUAUUUUCCAUAAUUUAAUUUUAUUUUCUAAAUUGUAUUACUCGAAUGAAGAAUAUGAUGAACUUCAACUUAUUACGAACAAGAAAAUGAUUAUAUCUGGAUAUAGUUUUCGUUUUUUUUUAGGUAGGAGCUGGUGUGAUUGUUGUAACAUCUUGAAACGAAACCGCGUGUUUAGUAUUUUACAAUCGUAACGCAGUUAACGUGUAAAUAUUCCAUUACUGCUAUCCCUACCGAAUAAGAUAGCCAGACAUCAAAGAUCGAUGAGAAACAAAAGGACUCUCGGUACCAGAAGCUUUCGGUGAAUGCGGAAGCUGCGAGCUGUCUCUGAGUUUCGUAUUUUCAUAUUCAACUCAUUUAAAGUCCCUAAAAUUGUAGAUUUACAGUGCAGAAAGAUUACAUGAAGACUACUGUAAUACUCUCCGUGUGAUACGUUACGGGUUAUGGGGGCUACCGUGGGUAAAGGAGUUUCCCUGUUGGAAAAUUUACCCCCAAAUCAGUCCUUACACAUUGUAAUGCUCGGAUUAGAUUCUGCGGGUAAAACUACAGUGUUGUAUCGUUUGAAGUUUGACCAGUAUCUAAGCACUGUUCCAACAAUAGGUUUCAACUGUGAGAAAAUAAAAGGAACAACGGGUAGAGCCAAAGGAACCAGCUUUCUUAUCUGGGAUGUUGGAGGCCAGGACAAACUACGGCCACUGUGGCGAUCUUAUACAAGGUGCACGGAUGGAAUUGUCUUUGUGUUAGACAGUGUCGAUGUGGAACGGCUAGAAGAGGCCAGGAUGGAACUGUUUCGGACCGCAAGAAGUCCAGAGAAUUCCGGCGUACCUAUAUUAGUGCUAGCUAACAAACAGGACCUGCCUGGAGCGAAAGACCCUAGUGACAUUGAAAGGCUGUUAGGACUAAACGAUUUAGGACCGAACCAUCUCUGGCAUGUCCAACCAGCAUGCGCGAUAAUAGGCGAAGGGCUAGCUGAAGGGUUAGAUGCUUUGUACGAAAUGAUUUUAAAACGGAAAAGACUCUUAAAACAGUCCAAAAAAAAGACAAGAUAGAUUAAUUGUCCACUGUUCUCGGUUAAAAUGACAGCUAGUAAAUGGUGUUAUGUCUUACGUUUAUAUGUUUCAUCGAAUUGUGAGGGGAAGAAUACUUACGUAGUGUUUGAAGUUGUUUCUACGCCUUGUGAUUUUAAUAUAACUUAGUUUAACAGAGCAUUGUUGUUUGCAAAGAUGUGUUAACACUUAACACAAUUGUUAAUAGAACUUUGUUAGUAAGGCAACAAAAUGGUGUUAUUGUUAAGCGUGUUUGUUGACAUGAAUGGUUAAUACUUACAAAGGUGAAUAAGUAGGGUUAUGUUUUACUUUGCAUCGUUAUUUUUCGUGCCAUAUGUUUCUGAAUGGCAACUUUAUUGACAAGUUAGAGCAACAGUGAAACAUACUGUAGAACAGCGUGCUGUUACUCUAUCUUCCAACAAAGGCAUCACUUAUGUAUAUUUGUAGUAAAUUAUUCCUGUUGUUGUAGUAAAAUAUUUGAAAGUCAUUAAAGUUCUCAAGUUGAAAGUAUUUCGUUAGUACAAGUUGUCGUUUGUAUCUCAGGUUUCGUGGUGUAAACGUUUUGGCCCGUUGACCUUUAGUUGUCCGUACAUACUUUUUCAGCCGUGGGGGCGCAAUAAUGUCACGGUCGAUCUCAUUAUUCGUUAGUAAAAAGAGUAGCCCAACAGUUGGCGCUGUGGAUGGUGUUGAUUCACUGCUUCCCUCUAGCCUAAUACUUUAAAAUUAGGGUUAGCUAGCGAAGACGCUCCUCGAGUAAGUUUGUUCGAAAUUCAAAAAACAACUGCCAUCGCUAUCCUAAUGAAUCCAUAUUAAUAUAAUAUAAGCAUGAGGCGUUUUUGGACACAUUUCCGAAAGGUUUAGUGUCUCAAAACUAAUAUUAAGUUUGACAUUCUUAACAUGACGUUCAGUUUAUUAUUUGUUUAAAAGUUCAACCACACAUUUCUUAAGAAGUCUGGUAAAAUCACCCGAAGACUUUCAUCUCAAAUUAAGAUUAAGUACUGGAUUGUUCUUAUUGUAUUAUUCAACGUGACGUUAUUAUUACAAACAUGGUAGCAUCAGGGUUAGCACGAGCGGGUAGAUUAUCCUUUCUCAUUUGUCAUUGUAGUAAGAUUGUACCAUUGAAAUGAUUUAUCAGGAAACCAUGUUUAUAUUUUAUAUCCAACAUUUUACCAUUACCUUAUUAAUCUAGUGUGCAUUUGGUUCCAGAAAUCAUAAUAAACCUGUAGCCCUGUUUAUGUUUUAUUCAUAUGUCGCGUCACUUACUAGCAAACAAUUUUGUAACAAUAAAACAGUUUAGAAGUUAUGUACUUGUAAUAUUACAUCACCGUAAUAACAUU